AGGAGCCAAUAUGGCCCUACCUAACCAAGAAAAUUAAUUAAAUAAUUUCUUGGGAAAAAGUUCAUCAAGAACUAAAGCCCUUCACUUCUUUUUUUUUCCCUCUCUUUUUCUUAUCCUUCUCUUCCAUGCAUAUUUUGUCUUCAUAAUCAUCUCUUUCUGCAAAAACAAGAUGUAUCCUCUCAUGAACUCGAAUGGGUAUAACCAAUUCGUUACUAAUAAACCAUUAGAUAAUAAUAACGCAUCGUCGCAAUCAUAUUCAUACCCUCAUUUAUUACCUUAUGGAUAUGGUAUGCCUCCUCCGCCACCACCGCCACCACCACCACAACCAUAUGGAUCUCCUGAUGGGUCUUCUGUAUAUAUUCAAAGAGCCCCUAUUGGAAUAACCAAACAUAUGGAAGAGACAACUUGGUCAACCAACAUUUUUGCAUGUGGUAGAGACCCUAAAAAUUGUCUUACAACAUGUGUUUGUCCAUGCAUAACAUCCGGGCAAAUUGCAGAAAUAGUGAGUGAAGGACGAACAUCAUGCAUGGAAGGAGUGAUAAUAAACAUGUUACUCUGUUGUUUAUGUUGUAUUACACCACUUUAUACUUUUUACUACAGAGUUAAAUUGAGAAGAAAAUUUAAGUUGGAAGGGAAUGAAUGUCUUGAUUGCCUUAUUCAUACAUUAUGUUGUUAUUGUGCCUUGUGUCAAGAAUAUCGUGAGCUUCAUCGUCAAGGAUUUGACCCUGCACUUGGAUGGGCAGAAAAUAUUGAGCGGCAAAGCCAUGCUGUUGCUGUUUUCACUAUUACCCCACCUCCAGUUCAAGAAGCCAUGAAAAGAUAACAGUUCAAUUAUUUUUUGAUCAGUUAAUUAUCAAGAUAUAACCAACUACACCUAAUGCUGCUAUCUUUGAAAGGUCAAAGCUGGAAUGUCCCAAGCUAACUUUAAUUUGUUUUCCUAAUUGUAGGUGAAUUCUCAAAUAGAUUGUAAUUAUCAGAAUAAUCCACUUGAUUACCUUCUUGAAUUAGGAUUUAAAAAAGAAAAAAACAAUUUUGUAUUUUGCAUAUAUUUUACACUUCAAGUAGAUAGAGAUUAAUCUCAAACAUAUGUUGUGUUAUGGACAUUUCCAAAAACUAGUAGCAUUGGGCAUAAAGUCAUUGUAGAGAUAUAUAUCUACAACUAGUUUUUUCUUUGUAUGUAAAUAGGUUGUAUAAACUAAAGUUCAUGAAUUUAAGCAUUACUUAGAUUAUGA